CAAAAAGACACCGUUCAUAUCCCCUGCGAUCGCGUUCUUUCUUCACCGUUCUCGAUCCAUUUCCAUUUUCUACUAAAAAAGAAAAAUUCAUUUCAUUUCAUUUCAAUCCAUUUUUCUUGUUCCGUCUCCGACAAAUGUUUCCCGGCGCCGGCGUUUCCAAGAAGAGGCAGCGCACCACCACCACCGCCGCCGCCGCUAGUCGCCAUUCCUCCACCAUAGCUAACUCUUCAUACUCCGAUAAAACCCUAACCGAAGUCUCUCAAGACCGCCUCCACCGUUCCCCGAGCACCACAAACGCCGCCGGGGACGCAGCCGCAGCUGAAAUCUUCUUCAACGACUCGUCCACUCCGCCGCUCGAAGUACUUCUCCGCACUCUUAUCCGACCGAUGGAUCUGCCACGUCCACCCUCCUCCGCCACCGGAACACUCCUCCGCCUCCACCACAACUACUUCCGACGAAGAAAACGAGCUCUUCCGUCUCAAUCUCGGAGUUCCUCCCACACCUGGCUCAAUCCGAUCGCAUCUCACGGUGCUUGAGCUUCUCUACACCAACGAUUUCGCUACCGCAAUCGACAGCGCCUCCACCGCGCUCGAUCUCCUCCCGGUGGCUCUAGAACUUCUCUUCGAGGAUUGUGUCAGGUCAUGCGUAGGGUUCCUUGAAGCAGUUCCAUGGACGGAAGAAGAAGAAAAGCGAGUCCUGAGCCUGAUCCCGUUCCUCAGCGAAGAAGAAUCGAAAGAGCUUCUCGCCAGGGUUUCACCGGUCGGAGAAGACUCUUGCGAGCUCAUGCUUGAAGGCCUGAUCUCCUCUGCGAUGAACAAUUACCAGAACACAGCGUUCGUGAAGGCGUUCGUGGCGAAGAUCCUAAGAGAUUUCUCGUCUAAGGAAUCGGCGAAGAGAGUUUUGGAGAAGGCGUUCAAAACGAGCUUGUUGACGGUGAAGGAAUCGUUGGAGGAUUAUUCGAGUCCCGUGUUCAGAGGGGACCAUAACGAAACUGAGGCUCUUCAGAGGUUGAAUCUGCAUAAGGCUUCGACCAAUGGGAAACAUUUGCUGUGGCUUGUGGAGAGGAUGAUUGAGCUGAAGGUGGCUGAUGCUGCUGUCAGGGAGUGGAGCGAGCAGGCCGCUUUCACCGCCGAUCUUCAGAGGGCGUUCCGCGAUGAUGCGUGGAGGAACAUUGUGCCUGGCCUCCCUGCUGUUGUCCUUAGGUGUACUUGCAAGCUCGCUAAUGCUGUUAGUGCUGGCACUAUUCUGGCAUCGAAGCAGGUUAGAAGGAAACUAGUAGAAGAUUGGCUUCCCGUUUUGGUGGUUUGCAAAGAUAACGUUUCACCAAUAUCACCCAGCAAUAAAUCGCUAUAUCUGGAGCUGGAAGAAACAUUUCUGCGGAUCAUAUCCACACUGCCUAUGUCUGACGCUCAGGAACUGUUGCAGCGGUGCCUAAGCUUUUCAACCCGAAACGUUGAAGAUUGUCCUCACUUGGUGACAGCAUUCAACACCUGGUUCAGGCGUGCCGCCCAACCUCUGAAACCAGAUAGCACUUUUGAUCAAUAAGGGACAUGUUUCCGUUGAUUGCACCUUCUUUUGGUUGCUUUCUUGUCAAUAUUUGUGUAUAUGUCCAUGUCCAUAACUAACUCAUGUUCAGGAAGUUGAACAUUAACAUUGUACAUAUGAAGUAAAUCCAGCUGAGUCCUUGCAGCGAGUCUGGAGGUGUUAGCCUAGUUCUUUGAUGCAAACGGUUUAGUAGGUUAUGGGUUAAACUGUGCAUAGGAAACUACAAGUCCAAAAUGAAAAUAGGACCCGUGAUUUGACCCAUUUCAAAUAAGUUGGUGUUUUCUAGCUUUGAAUAGAGAACAGUUUGAAGAUAAUCCGAUUCUACAUUUAAGUAUUUCAAAUUUGCAACCUUGAAAAGAAACUACUUUGUUGUUUGU